UGUGUGUGUGCGUCGUCGUCAUGCAGGGAGGAGGCGGCGUGAGCUGCGCGGUGGCCGGCGAGGCGCCGAGGGGGGCGGCCGGCCUGCUGGGGCUCACGUUCGACCCGCCGGGAGGGGAGCCGCCGGCGGAGCGGAUCGGGCGGCUGGUGCGGGAGAGCCCCGUGGUGAUCUUCGCGAGGCGCGGCUGCUGCAUGUGCCACGUCAUGCGCCGCCUGCUCGCCGCCGUGGGCGCGCACGCCACCGUCAUCGAGCUCGACGAGGCCGCCGAGGAGGCCGCGGCGUCGGCCGCCGCCGCCACCGCCGUCCCCGCGCUCUUCGUCGGCGGCGCCCCCGUCGGCGGCCUCGACGGCCUCAUGGGCCUCCACCUCAGCGGCCGCCUCGUCCCGCGCCUCAGGGAGGUCGGCGCCCUCUGCGGCUAGGUAGCUAGCUAGCUUGCUUCUUCCCACCUCGCCGCCGGCCACCGGCGCAGCCGCCGCCGCCGCAUGUUAGUUCCUCACAUACACAACCGCGCGUCACGUACGUAAUUCUGAUGAAGUCGAGGGGGUCGGCUGCAAAAUACACCGGUCAAUAACACAGCUUCGUUUGUACUGAGCCGUCGAGAGGGGGACUGGAGUGGUAGGUUUGUCUAAAGUAGAGGGUCUUUUCGCAAAAUCUCUGGAUCUAAAUGUAAUUAAUACUUUUCUUUUCCAUCAGUUUAAUUCACCUCGCUUGCUGCUUUCUUCUUACUGUACUUACCUCACCUGUACGUAUUUCAAUAUUUUUUUUGUCAUCUUUCAUGUAAUAUACCAUAUCAUCAUUUUUCUAGCUUAAUUUAUUUUAAUUUCAUAAACAUCUUGU